CCAUAAGUACCAGUCGCCCUUCAGGUGGCAGAUGAAGGACGAGCCUGCCCAGGACAGCGUGAAGGCAUAGAGUAGACAGCCAGCCGCGUCAUCCACAGGAAGCCUGCUUCUCCGAGAGUAGCUAGUCUGAGCAGCAUCCCACCCACCUCCUCCUUCACUGCUCCCCGUCUUUCCCCGCCAUGGCCGCGUGGAGUGCGGGCCUUACUGCCGACUUGCUGGGCCGCGCGGUCGGUUUAGGCGCGGAUAAUGGCGUCUCGCGAUGCCUUGGCCUUCCCGCCUGUCGCACGCGGACCAGUCGUCGCUCUGACUCCAGGUCUCGGUCGGUGCGCACUCCCGGCCGAUCAUCACGUCCUCGCCAUUCCAAGAGUGUCUCGCGCAUCCACGCGAUUUCCGUCUCCUCCGCUUCUGCCAGCGAUACUGACGGCCCAGAUUUGUCCCCACGGCCGUCCCUCCCUGAUCCGACGCCUCGCGAGGUUCUAGAGAUUCCGCCGGCGGAGGGAUUUGGAGAAGAGCUGGCGAAGCUUCUGACGAUGCUUCCAGGGAAGGUUCGCGAAGUGCUGCAACGGCAUCCCUCCGUCCAUUCGCUGGUGGAGGUGGUGCUCGAUCUGGGCCGUCGGCCAGUCGCACGGUUCCCCCUGGGCGACGUUUUCGUGUGCGACGAUGUGGUUACAGCGAGCGACAUUGAGUACUGCGUGUGGCAGGUUGGGGAGUUCGGCGCGGACAACCGGGCAGGGAUCGACCGCACGCUGCACCGAAUCAGCGCCAUCCGCAACCGCGCGGGGCGGGUCAUCGGGCUGACGUGCCGCGUGGGGCGCGCCAUCUCGGGCAGCGCGGAGAUGGUGCGUGACCUCGUGGCAGCGGGCGAGUCGCUGCUGCUCAUGGGUGCGCCGGGCGUGGGGAAGACCACCGCCAUCAGGGAGGUGGCGCGCAUCCUAGCGGACGAGUGUGGACGGCGCGUGGUGGUGGUGGACACGAGCAACGAGAUAGCGGGCGAUGGGGACAUUGCUCACGCUGCCAUUGGCACCGCCCGCCGCAUGCAAGUGCCGCACGUCGAGCUGCAGCACCAGGUGAUGAUCGAGGCGGUGGAGAACCACAUGCCGCAGGCCGUGAUCAUCGACGAGAUCGGGUCGGACCUGGAGGCCGCAGCAGCUGCCACCAUUGCGCAGCGCGGCGUGCAGCUCAUCGCGACGGCGCACGGGCGCAGCGUGGAAAACCUGAUCAAGAACCCGCAGCUGCACACACUGGCAGGGGGCGUGCAGACGGUGACGCUGGGAGACGAGGAGGCAAGGAGGAGGGGCGUGCAGAAGAGUGUGAUGGAGAGAGGCGGGCCGCCUGUGUUCCGCACAGCCGUGGAGAUGCAGACGCGCGGGCGGUGGCGCGUGCACCACUGCCUCGCUAGCACCGUUGAUGCGCUGCUUGCCGGCAAGGCCCCGCAGGUGGAGAUACGGGAGAUGGGGCGGCACGGGGAGGUGUGGAUGGACGGCGACGCUGCUGCUGCUGCCACCGCUCUUAGCAGCAGCAACAGUGGUGGCGGUGGAGGUGUUAGUGGUGACAGUAGCAGCAGCACUGGCAUUAGGUUGGGGCGAGUGGGUUACUGGAAUGAGCAGGGAUGGCCGGGGCGAGGGAGGGAGGACGGGAUGAGUGUGCGGGAGUGGGACGUGGCACAGCCAAGGGAGGGCGGCAAUGAAAGAGACAGCGACGCCUUCUCGUGGCCGUCCCAAGCGGGAUCGCGUGCACCCACCGCACCCUCUGCACCAGGCACCCGCAGUGUGGCGCCCUCCUCACCUUUCUUCUUUGCAUCUGACGGCAGCAGCGGCAGCAGCAGCGCCACGGACAGUGAUGACAGUGAUGGUGAUGCGCAGCGACACGCCUCUGCCAUGUGGUGGGGUGGCAUGGCAGGCAUGGCUACCAGCAUGGAGAGCGCAGCUAGCAGCUCUGCGUUCGUGGCGCUAUCAUCAUCAGCAUCGUCAUCAGCAUCAGCAGCAGCAGCAUCCCGGCCCCAAGCCAGCUCGCCCGCAGGGCUCUCAGCGUUCGCCCAGGCCACUCGGUCCGACGGCUCAACGCUGGUCUUCCUCUAUCAGGUAUCAGAGGAGCACGUGGAGCAGGUGGUGGAGGUGAUGGGCCUGGCACCGCUGGUCGCACUCACCACGGACAUAGCGGCAGCGGAUGCAGUGCUGGCGCUGCGCUCCAAGCUCAAGGGCAACGCGUGGCUGCGGGGGGUCGCCAAGUUCCGACACCUGCCCAUCUAUGCCGUCAAGUCCAACACCAUGCCUCAGGUGGUGCGUGCUCUCCGCGCCAUCCUCAACCUCGACUCCCUUGGUGCUCCUCCGCUUAUCUCCGCCUCCUCCGCCUCUCCCGAGGCUGGCUCAGCCCCUCGCGAUGCCGCCAGUGUCCCGGCCACACCACCACAUGAACUCUCUACUGCGAGGGAAGAAGGCAUCAGCGACAGCAGCAGCAGCAGCAGCAGCUGGAUGGGCGGGGCUUCUGAAGGUGAAGGGCAGAUGAGAGUGGCUGGCGGUGCUUCGUUGGAGGAUGAGAUCGACGCUCUCGAGGAGGCGCGCAUGGCUGCAGAGAGGAUGAUGCUGGGCCACGCACAGGCACAGGCGGUGGAGCUGCUGCCGCGAGCGCCCCACAUACUCCACCUGCAAUCGCAGCUCUUGGGCGACUACCCUCUCUCCUGGCAGUAUGCUGGCACCCCCCCCACCCGCCGCAUCCGCAUUCUCCCUCUGCCUGCCUCUGAUCGUUCCGAGCCCCUUGUUGCUGUGGGCAGUAGAGCAGAGGCAGCUGUGCCUGGCCCCCCCAGCUUGGAACGCAGCAGUGCACCAGGGAAUGAGGCCAGGUGGGCAUGGGAGGAGGAGACAAGUGUGCUGGGGGAGGGAGAACGUGAAGAGCUGGUGGGGGGAGAAGGUGGGGAAGCACGGGAUGUGGUGGAGAAUGCUGCUGCUUCAGGGUGGACUGUGGUUAGCUUGCCACGCAAGCAUGAGGGCAGGAAUGGAAAAUGGACAGCCUCUUGAUGUCAGCAUGCCUGUCAAAAUUCGUGUCAAAACUCCAGGAGUCUGAUCCGGUUUCAUAUGUAUACACCCUUCCACAUCAU